AUGGCCAAUUUCUACAAUUUCAAAAAGAUCACGGUGGUGCCGACAUCGACUGAAUUCAUAGAUGUCGUGCUCUCCAAAAUCCAGAGAAAGACACCGACAGUCGUUCAUCCAAACUACAAGAUUACUAGAAUACGGACAUUCUACUUGAGGAAGGUCAAGUUUGCUCAAGACUGCUUUGAUGAAAAGCUUAAUGGCAUCUUGGGCGAUUUCCCAAAACUUGAUGAGGUACAUCCAUUCUAUGCAGACUUGAUGAACGUGCUGUAUGAUCGUGAUCACUACAAGCUUGCAUUGGGUCAAAUAAACACUGCAAGACAUUUGAUUGAUAAUGUGGCUAAGGAUUAUGCGAGGAUCUUAAAGUAUGGGGACUCGCUGUAUCGUUGUAAGCAGUUGAAGAGGGCUGCUCUUGGAAGAAUGUGCACAAUAAUGAAACGCCAAAAAGACUCUCUCGCAUACCUCGAACAAGUGCGCCAGCACUUGUCGCGUCUCCCGUCCAUAGACCCAAACACACGCACCCUCAUAAUAUGCGGAUACCCAAACGUCGGCAAAUCAUCCUUCAUGAACCGUCUCACUCGUGCAGACGUCGAAGUACAGCCCUACGCAUUCACAACCAAAUCGCUAUUCGUUGGACACAUGGACUACCAGUACCUGCGAUGGCAGGUUAUUGAUACGCCUGGUAUCCUGGACCAUCCGUUAGAAGCACGCAACACGAUCGAGAUGCAGAGUAUUACUGCACUUGCACAUUUGAGGGCUUGUAUUUUGUAUUUUAUGGAUUUGAGUGAACAGUGUGGGUAUAGUGUUGCUGAGCAGAUCAAGCUAUACGAAUCAAUCAAACCGCUCUUUGUGAAUAAACCAACCAUGAUUGUCAUCAACAAGAUUGAUGUCAUGACUCCUGAACAGCUCGCUCCUGAAGAUCAGGCACUGCUCAAAUCAAUUAUUGAACGUGAUAAAGUCACGUUAUGUCAGCUGUCGUGUUUGACUGAGAUGGGUGUUAUGGAUGUUCGAAAUCAGGCAUGCGACGUGCUCCUCGCCUCUCGUGUCGAAAUGAAGAUGAAGGGCCACAAAGUCAAUGACGUCCUCAACAAGCUGCAUCUCGCUGAGCCAAUGCAGCGAGACAGCAAAGACCGGUCUGCAUUCGUACCAGCCAACGCAAUUGGCAAACCCAAAUACGACAAGCUCGAUCCCAACAGACGUAAACUGGAACGGGAUAUCGAGUUGGAGAUGGGUGGGCCUGGUGUUUAUAGUAUUGAUUUGAAGAAGAACUACUUGCUGAAAUCAGACGAAUGGAAGCACGACAAGAUGCCUGAGAUCCUGGAUGGCAAGAAUGUGGCUGAUUUCGUUGAUCCGGAGAUUGAAGCUAAGCUGAUGGCGCUGGAGGAAGAGGAGGAGAAGUUGAUUGCGCAAGGGUUUUAUGAGAGUGAUGAUGAGAUGGAGGACUCUGAUGAAGAAGCACUCAAGAUGGCUGCUGAAGAAGUGUCUCGCAAGAAGGACGAAAUGGUUAUUGCGCAUCGACUCAAGAAGAAUAUGAAUCGUGCUAUCUUGCCUGCCAAGACUGCUAGACGAACAGUCGACGGGCUACACAAGCACAUGACCAAACUCGGCGUGAAAGUCGACAAGGAAGUCCUCCGCGAACGAAGCAAAUCCGUCAUUCGUAAACGUGGACGUUCUGAAACCCGUCGUGAUGAAGACUCUAUGGAUGUCGACCGAUCAUCGUCCAGAGGUCCACGAGCGCAUAGUGCGUCUCGUGAUCGUAGUGUUAUGGGAUUACGUGACGUCAAGCAAAAACUGGAAGCAGACGAAAGCAAGAAACGAGCACAACGACCACUCAAUUUCCAAGCACGAAAGGGAGAAGCCGAUCGUCAUAUUGCUGCCAAGAAGCCCAAGCAUUUGUUUGCGGGCAAACGUGGUGGUGGAAAGACGGAGCGUCGUUAG